CCUCCUCAACGAUGCCAGUAUUGUCCCGGCCCUUCUGCAUAUACCAUCUGUUGCGGCCAUGAAGGGGAUUCCCAGCAAUUUGGACACCCUGCUGUGGGUCUACCACUUCCACAGCUCCACCGAGGUGGCCUUACAGCCUCCACUUCUAUCUUCCCUGGAACUUGCUGUGGCCGCAGCUCACGAAUAUCUAGUGCAAAGGUUCAGAGAGCUUAAGUCCCAGGACCCCCUGGAAUCCGACAAGUUACCCACCCAGAAGGCCACCCUAGGAUUGGUGCUAAGAGAAGCUGCAGCCAGCAUGAUAAGCUUUGGAACCACCUUGUUAGAGGUGCAGCUCUGGGAGGCUGAGGGAUGGGGAGAAAAGGGGGAGAGGGCUAGGCCAGCAAAAGCAGAGACCUUUAGCCCGCAUGCCCCAAUGCAGAUCUCGGCCCUGUGGCUGCAGCAGGAGGUGCAGCGACUGGACAGCGGCAACGACUGCCCAGGCCCAGCCCCGGACACUGGGGAUCCUAGUAGGGCGCUGGCCCGUGUAGCCCAGGCCGCAGGGCAGGGGAUUCGGCAAGCUGGAGCGGCAGCUGGCGCAAGUGCCCGGUACCUGAUCCAGGGGGCGUGGUUGUACCUGUGUGGACGAGGUUUGCACGGAUCUACCUCAUCCCUGCCACAAACCCUACGCCAGCUGGGCCUUGGGGUCCCUGGGGAUCCGAGACACUCGGGAGACCUCAAGGUGUCGUCCAGCAGCAGUGAGGAGAAUGAGACAGAUAAUCCAUCACUGUCCCAGUCCAACCCUGUGUCCAAAUAAAAGUCAAGAACG